GGGGCGUCGUCGUCGGCAGGGGCAGGGGCAGGGGCAGGCUGGCAGGAGAUAGCGUCGGGUGUGGGUACGGCACGAGUAAUGCUGCCUGACGCCCCCUCGAAUGAAUGAAAUAUUCUCUUUUGUCAGAGCAAACUUUUGCUGCGACCAUCCGACGGUCGUGGUGCCUCGCAUCGUCGCGAGGGCGGCCCCCGAGUUUGAGUUGAAAAGGGCCCGUCCCGACGCCACAGCUUUUAAGAAUUUGCCUCGUACCCUCUCCUCUAGAAGAAGAACUGGUCUCUCACUCCCCUCUCCCGUCCUCCCCACCUCCACCACCAUCACCUCUCUCUCCCUCUCCUCCUCUCCCCUCCUCUCCUUCCCUUCCCCCUCCUCGCUCGCUCGGCGUCCUCUACUAGAGUUGCGUCGUACUCCAUAAGUCUUCGUUUGUGAGCCUCGCAUCUGCCCGGCCUCGGACUCUCCCCUCUCUCCUCCCUCUCCUCCUCCUCCUUCCACCGCUCCUUCCGCUCUGGCUGCUGGGGCUCGCCUGGCGCUCUGCUCUUGCUAGAAAGGGGCUCUGCGACUCCGCUCGCUUGCCUGCCGCGUCUGCUGCUGCUGCUGCUGCCGGUGCUUGUGCUGCUGUGCUCCGAUCCCAGAGCCUCCGUUGUGCGGGCUCCUCGUCCUCGUCCUCGAAGGAGGAGAAGAGGUGAACGUUGGGGGUCGACCUCUGUCUGGCACGCGGUACGUGGUUUCGCUGGUGGUGGUGUGGUGUGGUGGGGUUGGGGGGAGGCCGAGGACGAGGAGGCAGGGAGAGAAGAGUGUUAGACGCUCUGGUGCCCCGUAGCUUGCCGCUCAAGAGUCCGUGGAGUUCGUGGAGUGGCGGACGAGGAAGAAGAAGGAGAAGAAGAAGAGAAACGCGUCGAGGAAACGAAGAAGCAAGGAAGUCGGCCGACCGUGGUCUAGCAGGAAACUUGAUAAACAUCAGAGUGCUGUGUCGUCGACGUCGGCAGCGGAGGUGCCCCCCGUUGAUCGUUGGGUCUCGCGGUUUGUUUUUGUAGAGGGAGAGAGAAGAGAUUUAGAGAUUGACAUAUUGAUAGAGAGGUAGAGAUCGCCCUUGUAACCUGUUGAAGGAGACUGCACUCACUCCUGGUCUCCCAUUUUGUUGCCGAGCUCUCGGAGGUGUUUCAUGCGAGCAAUCCCACGCCCUGUCGUCACCGAAGGCGCAGAGAAGAGAGAGACAUAGAGAGAGAAAGAGAGAGACAGAUAGUGAGUGAGAGCGAGAGUGCGAGAUAGAGAGAUUGGUCGAUUGACUGACUGACUGAUUCAUUUCGAGCCUUCCACGAGGGCCACAUACUUUGGAGGAGUGCCAGGCUGCUGGUCAGGAACGGACGGGGCGUGACGCUCGUGGUCGUCGUGGUGGUGGGCGGAGAGUCGCUUCUUUCGAGCGGCGGUGCUCAUCUCUGCUUCUCGAGCACUCUGCAUAUAUAGAUUGGGCGAAUCGCGAAUGGCCUUAACUGAAAUUGGGUAUGAUCGAUGAUCAGUAGUUUCCGUUUGUGGUUAACGAUACCCUUCGUGUGAGCGAGAGCGAAGAGCGAGCAGCCCCAUUCUGACAGGAGCUCUCGGGCCUCACCGGUCGAGACCUUCGCCCGCAUUCUGAUCACACACCGCGGCGGGUGUAGGAUCAGGCAGCCCGAUUCCAAUCCCUCGCGCCCCGUAGAAAUCACCCAACCCCAGCGUUGCCAUAGCUGCCAGGUAGCGGACAAUCCCGAGUGCCGGAGGGCGGGGGGAGACUGAAAUCGGCCAAUUCGAAGGAUGAUGGCCAGAAUCAGCAGUGUAGGACCAGAAGCCUUCUCCCGAACCGAUCGCAUUUCCACCGGCUUCGGCUCCGUGAUCCGCGAUCACAUGUCGAGCAGCCGCAAGGACCGGCUGCUGGGGCUAGGGGCGCAGCCGCAGGCGCCCGAGUACGAGGCGAGCUCGGCCAGCGAGCUCGAGGAGGAGGACAUCUGGGGCGCUGAGAGCCGGGGCUGGGGCGACGAGAGCCCUGGCUCGGAUGCGCGCGCUCAGAAGUUCGACCUCGGAGGCUACGGCAGCAGCCAGCGCGACCUCGACGCCGGGGGCGAGCACUUCCGCCUCUUCAACAAUGGCCGCCGCUGGCUGAGCAGCCUCGAGAAGGACCCAGGGCUCUCGGUGGCCUAUGCUGAAGGCGGUCGUGCGCGCGGUGUGGGGUUCCCCAGCCCUCUGAACCGCGCCUCGAGCGCAGCGCAGGGCUCGCCCUCUCGAGACCCUCGUACGCCAUCGCGCCUGAUCCCGAGCCGAGAGGCGAAAGCCUCGCACUUCGUGCAGGUCUCGUCGGCGGUGGAGUCGAAGGUGCUGCACCAGUCGGCGCCCGUGAAUGUGCCGGACUGGUCGAAGAUCCUGGGCACGGAGCGCAAAAUCAAGGACCCGCAUUCGGACGAGGUGGCGGACGCGGACCACGACGACGACGAGGACGACGACGAGCGGCUGCCGCCCCACGAACUGAUCCAGCGCGACUACGCCCGCAGCCAGAUCACCACCUUCUCCAUGUGCGAGGGCGCCGGGCGCACUCUCAAGGGCCGCGACCUGAGCCGUGUGCGCAACGCCGUGCUGCGGCAAACGGGCUUUCUGGGCGAGUGAUGGGCGCUGCCGCUGCCGCUGCUGCUGCUGCGGUCUUGCUGCUGCUGCGCUGCUGCUGCUGCUGAAACGGCGGGGGGUUCAAUUUUGCAACUGUCUUCACUGGAGAUGCCACUUCGGGACGUUUUCAGACGAGUGCUCGUCCAAGGAGACUAGAGAAUAAGGUUUGAGAGCGUUCUUCGGCAGCAGAUGUGUCGCGAAUUCGCGCACUGCAUUGCCUAGGGGCAGCGGGGGGCUGGAGGAUUUCCAGGCUUAGGAAGCUUUUCAUGCUGGGCGACGUCGUGCCCUGCUUGAACCGGUCGCGCCUGAGCAGCAAGUACACACAGGACGAAGUUUACAUCCGUCAAUCUGGACACAUGAUUCGAACCGUCGACUGCUCGUCGAUGACUUACACCGCCCCCGGGCCGAGGAUGCUGAUCGUCGGAACGCCGCCUUGCCUUGCCUCUCCUCACCGUUCAGGUUUUUUGACAAUCUGUGAAACGAACUGAGAUAGAAAUAAAGAUUGGCUCUG